UUGAGGUCCAUGCUUAAAAGUCAGUCCACUUGAUACGUACAAGCUCCUACAAAAGAAGAAACCUUAGACACAAUUCUCAUCUCCAAAAAACAAAAAAACACUCUCCAUGAAUGAUUCAGAUCUAUUAUUCUUGAUCAUUAGUGCUACAACAGCACUAAUUUUCUCACUAAAUUUAGCGUUUGCUUCGGAAAAUGUGUUGAAAUCCCAAAAUGUCCUUUCAAAAUCCGAAAUCAUCCAUCUAAAAGGUGCAGUUGGACCAGAGAGCCUUGCUUUCGAUCCAAAUGGUCAAGGUCCAUACGUAGGAGUUGCUGAUGGACGAAUUCUCAAAUGGCAUGGAUCAUUUUGGGCUGAUUUUGCAGUCACCUCUUCUCAUAGGAAGAAUUGUACUCUGCCUUCUGCUCCUGAAAUGGAACAUGUAUGUGGGAGGCCAUUAGGCUUACGAUUCGAUACCAAAACAGGAGAACUCUACAUUGCUGAUGCCUAUUUUGGGCUCCAAGUUGUAGGACCAAAAGGAGGAUUAGCUACCCCAUUAGUCCAAAAAGUCGAAGGUAAACCUCUACUCUUCACAAAUGACGUUGAUAUUGAUGAUCAUGACGAUGUGAUUUACUUCACGGAUACAAGCACAAAGUAUCAGCGCAAGAACUAUCUAGACUCUUUUUCAAGUGGAGACGCGACUGGCAAGCUAAUGAAAUAUGUUAAAUCAACAAAAAAAGUAACAGUUUUACUAAGAGACCUCGCAUUUGCAAAUGGUGUAGCUUUGAGUAAAAAUCGGUCCUUCGUGCUAGUGACUGAAACUUCUAAUUUUAGAAUUUUAAGGUAUUGGCUUAAAGGCCCCCUUGCAGGAACACAUGAUACAUUUGUUGAGUUGCCGGGGUUACCCGACAACAUCAGAAUAAAUUCCAAAGGGGAAUUUUGGGUCGCUCUGCAAGGAAUAAGUUCAAUAUUUAGUAGUUCAGAUUCGGAAUUGUUAGGCGAAGGGCAGCAGCUGUACCCUAUGGCAGUCAAGCUAAGCGAGGAAGGGCGGGUUUUGGAGGUACUAGAAGAUGUUGAAGGUAAGACACUGAGGUCUAUAAGUGAAGUUGAGGAGAAAGAUGGCAAGUUGUGGUUAGGUUCUGUUGUGAUGCCAUUUUUGAGAGUUUAUGGAUUAUGAAUUUAAGUAAAGAAUAUAAAUCAACUAUCUAGAGACCGCCCUACGAUUGAUUUUAGUGAAGUCCCAGUAAAGUCAUGUCAAUUUCAAGUUUCUAGUGUGAUGAUUUCACUCUGUUGUUAUUACUUAGCCAAUUAUGUCUUCUUUUACAUUUGCUGGUUCAUUAAGGAAUUGCCUUCUUAUGCAAAGUUAUUUUUAGUUG